GAUUGCGCCUUCGAAGUCCCUGUAUGUCUGUCUGUGUUUGGUUUUAUGAUGCUCAUCAUCAGCUGGCCGACGCGGUCGGGCUGAGCAGAGUCUUGUGGAAUCAUUUGUAUAUUUUGUGUCCGGUAAUGGCGACGUUUGUGAGCGAAUUGGAGGCGGCCAAGAAGAGUCUGAGUGAAGCGCUGGGUGAAAACGUGAAGCAAUAUUGGGCUAACCUGAAGCUCUGGUUCAAGCAGAAAAUUAGUAAAGAAGAGUUUGAUGUUGAAGCAAGAAGGCUCCUCACACAAGAAAAUGUUCACUCCCACAAUGAUUUCCUCUUGGCUAUUCUUACUCGCUGCCAAAUUCUUAUUUCCUCUCCUGAAGGACCAAGUGCAUUAGGAACCGCGGCUAAACCUGGAAAACCAAAGGGCAAGAAAAAGAUUCCAUCUGUUCGUCAGAAGUUUGAUCAUCGAUUCCAGCCCCAAAAUCCUUUGGCUGGAGCUCAGCAGUUUGUCAGCCGAGAUCCUCAAGAAGAUGAUGAGCUAAAGCUAUGUUCCCACACAAUGACAUUGCCCACUCGAGGACAACUGGAGGGAAGAAUGAUCGUUACAGCAUAUGAACAUGGACUGGACAAUGUAACAGAGGAAGCAGUAACCAUUGUCAUCCAUGCAUUAGAGAAACAUCUAAAAGAUCUGUUGAUGUCGGUAGUAUCACGUAGACAAGCCUAUCGCCUCAAAGACGGACACUUCAGAUAUGCUUUUGGCUGCAACAUUAAUCCUCAACCCUACCUUAGGAACAGUGUGGCAACCUACAAUCAACUUGCUGAAUGGACCAUUGCCACCUCCAACGGCCUGAAAUUUCGUUGCUGCACUUAUCCAUAUAGAGUUGUUUUAUGCUGUUGCCUUACAGCAGUAAGUCCCCCAGCAUUCUCCACUUCUCCUGGAAACCAGAACCCUGGAACUCAUGUUCAUCCUGAUGAUGCUGAGCAGCAAGCUGCCCUCUUACUAGCCUGUUCUGGAGACAACUUGCCUCCCAGCCUGCCACCAGUUAAUAUGUAUGACCUUUUAGAAGCCUUAAAGAUUCACAGAGAAGUUAUCCCUUCACACACUGUAUAUGCACUGAACAUGGAGAGGAUACUCAUGAAGCUAUGGCAUCCAAUCGAACAAGAGCUGCAGCAGGAUGUUAUUCACCGGCAAAGAUUAUCGGCCAAAGAGGGAUUAUUGUGUUAAAGAAAAAAGACUUUUCUGUGGACUAAUCGAUCAAAUGAUAGCCAUGUUUAUUUGUUCUAGUGAUCUGCUCUAGCCCCAAUCUAAACAACACAACCAAGUACGAUCAUCUGCCUACAUCAGACGCCGAGAAUUUUUCUGGACUUUUCUUUUGUUACCAGUAUAAACCACUUAUCAUUCAAUUAUUUUAAUAAACAUUUCUUAGAAUAAUACAUCUUUUCAUAACCGUGUAACCUAACAGUAUAUUGGAAAUUAUAACUCGUGACUUUAGGAAAAAAUUCUCAGAAGGUGAUUUUUCUUCGUUUAUCUUUUGUGGUUUUCUAGACCACAUAGAAAUUACCAUACGUUUUUCGUUCUUGCUUUGUAAAAGCUAAAAAGUGUUUUUUCUUGUUUAUUAAUCUGCAUAUUGAAGAGCUGUUGCGUUAACUGGAAAUUUAAUUUUUUUUUUCCCACAGCAGUCAGCCUGUUUUCAAGGAUCUGUGAACAGUCUUAGGCCCCAUUCACACACACUUGAGCGUGCUGGAAUCGUAGGCAGUAUUGCAGCAAAAUGCGGGGCAAGUCUGCAGUGCCCUUAUUUUUUAAUAGCACCACAAACGCGGUGUGAUUUUUGCCGUGCCACAAAACUCACAGCGCCAAAGGUGCCUGGCUCAGUGCCAAAGUUUGGUACAUCAGCUUCUUUGGCGUGUUUUUGGAACAGAGAGAGGCCCAUUCAAAAUGAAAUGCGCCACAGAAACACGAGGCUGGAGCAUUGCUAGAUGUCACUCAGAUGUGAACGGGGCCUUAAUGUGGGCAGUGACUCUGAUUCUUUUGAAUAGAAUGCCCUUUUUUAUUUAGAUUUUCAAGCAAGGCCAACCCAUGCCAUAGUUACACUGUGAGAAAUGGAAGUAUAUAGUUGAAGGUUUACAGUUGCUAAAUUAUAUUCUAUAGCAAUAGCUUUGAAGAAGGCAUAUUUUUUUUUUUUUUUUUUAUAUUUACAUUUAUAGUCAACAAAUGGAGCUCUGGGCUCCUUUCCAUGUUAUUUUUAACCAUCAAAAUAAAAUAUAAGCCUGUUUACGGAGCUCAGUAGCUCAAGGCCAAAAUUAUACACAACUAAAUAUUAGGAGUUACACUUCCCUCCCUCUGCUUUAUUCAUAUGGCAACAGAUUCUGUUAGAAAGAGACAGUCUGAAAACAAAUGGCUUCUGCUGUGAUUCUUUUUAGAAAACUGAUAAUGCUCUGUAAAAAUACUUCUGUGGGGAUACCAUGUAUUAAAUGUUUGUAAAAUAAAUAUAUUCUUAUGUAA